AUGCCGACUCCGCAUUACUUCUGGGUAUUCCAACAGGUCUCGACAAUCACUAUAAAUCCAUGUAUCUUCUUCCCUCAUUCUCUAUCAAUCCAUGCAAUUUUCUUCCCUCGUUCUCUAUAUUCUUUUGCUUCCAUUGUUCAGUCUUUUCUUAUCAUCCCUUCUUCCCAUUCCACUGAUACUAUGGACACCAACAAUCCUAUUGUUGACACUAAAGAUGCAAUGGAUCCAAGCAGGAGAUAUGGUAUAGCUGACCCAACAAAUAGGCACAAGUUUACUUGCAAAUUUUGUGCAAAGUCAACUUCUAUAGGAGUAUACCGACUAAAACAACAUUUAGUCGGAGGUUUCAAAAAUUGUAAAAGAUGCCCAAAGUGUCCAGAGCAUGUGCGAGAAGAAGUGAAGAACUAUAUGAUCCAGAAAGAAGCAGAAAAAAGUGCAAGAACUACUGACCAUUCAAAUGUAGUGGCACUUGAUGACUAUGAUGAAGAUGAUGAUGACGUGGGACAAGGAAGUAGCAAGCCUCCACCUAAAAAACCAAGACAAAAGGGUCAUCUAGACAAGUUUUAUGCCAAUAAACCAGAAGACAAACUCAAAGGUAGAAAAUGUGGAAAACACCAAACAAUUAACGAACUUUCAUAUUGCAAUGGAAUCUGUUGCACAAUUUGGCCCGGGAUUCAAACCUCCAACCAUGUAUGUAUGAGCUUAGAGUUCCUCUACUUAAAAAAUGAAGUGGAAUCCACCCAAAAAGUGUUGAAAGAUUACAAGCAAGAAUGGGCAGUAAAAGGUUGCUCGAUUCUAUCAGAUGGAUGGCGUGAUUCAACUGUUCAGAAAAAUAUUGUGAACUUUUUAGUGAAUUCUCCUAAAGGUUCAGUCUUUUUAAAGUCCUUGGAUGUCUCAGAAAUCAAAAAAGAUGCAAACACAUUGUUUAAAAUGCUCGAUGAUAUGGUGGAAGAGAUAGGAGAGGAGAAUGUAGUGCAAGUGGUGAAAGACAAUGCAUCUAACUAUGUUAAAGUUGGAUCAAUGUUCUAG